AUGAAUAAUAUCAAAAGUGUAUCCGGCCUGAAUACAUCUACUUCAAGUCAAAAUGAUCUUCAGGAUACUUUAGAUUUGAAUAAACUAAGUGUGAAUAAACUUGCAAGGAAAAACUCCACGGCCUUAUUGACAUCUGCAACGGACUCGAAUAUUAAGUUUGCAAGCGAUCCAACCACUGCCGUUAAUUUAGAGAACGCAGGUAAUUCAGAGUCUGCAUUUUCCGAUGGUUUAGUUUCUCAGGAAAUCAAUAAUUUGCAGACUAUUCGUCUGAAUAAACACUCGCUAAACAGUGAAAAUAGUUAUCCUCUAUCGUCCUACGGUUCAGGAGAUGAAAAUGAAGAUGAGGAACAAGAAGAUUAUGAAGAGGAUUUGCACAAUAUCUUACAUCAAUUGGUCAGUCAUGAAAGGAACAGGAAGGCAAGUUUGGAUUCGUCAGAAGGAGUCAAAGAGUUCUCGUUUUUGAAUUUACAGAGUUUCGAAAAUUCAAAUAAUCUUAAUGAAGCAGACUUUUUCAAGAGGUAUAUAGCGAUAGAUAAAGGCGACGAUACUGAAACUUUUCAUGGAAAAUUGAAGCAUUUCUUCAUUUUAUCAGCCGCUGGAAAACCAAUUUACUCUAUGAAUGGAGGAGACGAAGUCUUGAUGGGUUACAUGGGUCUCAUUACAACCCUCAUCUCCACAUUUCUAGAUACUCUCGGGGAGGAGGUGAAACUAAUUACAUACGAAAGUACUCAUAUUGCCCUUAUGAACAAGGAUCCUUUGGUAUUUGUUGCUAUAAGUAAAAUUAGCCACGAAACUAUAUAUGGUGAGAGUCCUGAGAGCUCAAUUUUGGCCCGCCAGUUGGGCCGCCUUCAUGAUUACCUAUUAGCUAUUCUUUCUAAGCCUACUAUUUUAAAGAAUUUCCAUAAUAGGAUGAAUUAUGAUUUACGUAAGAUUCUUUCUCCUUUGGAUUUGGUAAGUUUUGAUAAACUUUGUAUGAAGCUAUCAUAUGGACUAACGCUGGCUAAUUGUGGUAUAGGUGAGUUUGCUUACUUUAUCAGUGAAUUAUUAGAAUCUUCGUUACAAGGUGUACAAAUCACGAAUACAACUCGGAAGAAACUUAGCUCCAUACUAAUAUCCAGUAAAAAAUUGAAAGAUGAAAAAGAGCCCAUCGUUCAAAAUGAUGACGGUUCAUAUUUUAAGAGGGAUUCAGCUAGCAAGGAAGUGUACUUAAGUGAAGAUCUCCUUUUUUCUCUAUUAAUAAAGCCUCCGGGUUUAAUAUUGAGUUACAUGAAACCUAAGAAUCAUAACUUAUCUAAUAAGGAUAUAAAUAUUCUUCUUUCAAUGAUUUCAGAGGCAGUACAGGAUACUUCCAUUUCUGAAAAUCUCUGGAUUCCAGUUUGCAUGUCUAAUUUUAAUCCUAAUGGAUUUCUUUAUGUUUUCGUGACCCAGUUCGAUUUAUCCGUUGACAUUGAAGGUAAUUCACAGCGACUUACAUUGGCUUUGAUUAGUGGUAACAAGAAUAGUUUUUUUCAGAUGAGAGAUAUAUCAAGGUAUCUCAUCCAAAAGAUCUCAAAUAAUCAACCUUUUGCAAAAAGUUUGUCCUCGGAAUUGAGGGCCUCAGAGAGCUUUUCUAUCAUCAAGGAACUUAAAGUUCCAGUUAUAAAGCAUUUCAUCUACAGACUGAGAAAAUAUAACCAGUACAUAAUGAGUGAGCUUUCUCGUUUCGGGUUCGAUGUUGAUGCGAAUUUAAUAUUGCAACUUGUAUAUUUCUACACUCAACUAUAUUAUGGAAAAGUUGGGACUUCUGAAGUCACACACAUCAAGAACAUGCAGACUUCUUCUACAAAUAAGAACCAAAACAAGAAAUUAACUUAUGCAAGGUGGAAUUUAAAAGGAACGUCCAUGACUGGCUUCAUGUUGUCUGACAAUACGUAUGAGUUUUAUUGUCUUUCCGAUGUCAACAUCAAUUCUUUAAAUUUGAUUGACCAUUGUUUGAAGAUCAUUAAGUGGUGUGAAAAGUAUAAAAAAAGACUAUUUUUUGGAAAUGGGACUGUCUUUUGA